AUGCCAACGUUCAAUCUAGGCCGUCUAGGUCGCCUCCAGAUAUCCUAUCUUCCGCCAUCAGACAUACCGCAAGGAGAAUACCUAGACAUACCCUCAGGCCCGCCACCUGAGUAUACAAAUGAUACCGCCAGGGAAAGCGACGCCAAGUACCACGCUCCAUCGCAAGCUCAACCACCAGAAUGCAAGACCGAACAGGUCCGUCGGUGGCUCAUCGAAAUCGUUGCAAUAACCUUCAAUGCGGACUUCGACUCGCUAAACGCAGCCCUGUACAACAUCCGCAUACCAGACAACACAAACACAAUACUCUGCGACUCUGAGCGCGCAGACCUGCUCGCGCAGUCAAGUCUUACGAGAGAGCCAUCUGCUCAACCAUAA